UCUCUCUCUCUCUCUCAAAAAAAAAAUUCCCAAAAAACAAUGGAAAAGAUAGCACUGACAAAAGAUGAGAUCAUUGGGUUCAAAGAGGCUUUUUGUCUCUUCGACAAAGACGGCGACGGUUGUAUAACGGUGGAAGACCUUGCAAUAGUCAUUCGUUCCUUAGAUCAGCAUCCGACAGAACAAGAAUUUCAAGAUAUCAUCACUGAGAUCGACUCUGAUGGCAAUGGCACCAUUGAAUUUGCUGAGUUUCUGAACCUCAUGGCCAAGAAACUUCAGGAAAGUGACGCAGAAGAGGAGCUUAAAGAAGUUUUCAAAGUCUUUGACAAAGACCAAAAUGGUUAUAUAUCUGCCAGUGAGUUGAGUCAUGUAAUGAUAAAUCUAGGGGAAAAGCUAACCGAUGAAGAAGCUGAACAAAUGAUUAAGGAGGCAGAUCUGGAUGGUGAUGGUCAAGUCAAUUAUGAUGAAUUUGUCAAGAUGAUGAUCAACAUUGGAUAAAUUCCUUUUUUUACUAUUAUAAAGGCUAUAUAUAUCCUUUAUUACUUUUGUUAGUUUUUACUCCUUUAAAUUCUG